GCGGGCAGUCGGGCGAGGCUCUGAGACCACACCCAGGAACUGCCCGUCCCGCGUUUUCGCGACCUCAGCGGGAGUUUUGCUGCCAUUAUCUAGAAAGAAUCCACGAAUGAAUGACCCGCCCACCAGGAUGGGGGCACUCGGGGCCCACCGAGCUGCUAAUUUCACAGACCACCCCUACAGCCUAGGGCGAUCCCUAGGGCUUUCUCGGUCCUUUGAGGGUGAGGUGGGGCGCAGUGCCCCGCUGGCCGCAGGCACCCCGAAUUCCACAGCGGCCGAGGCGAGCGAAAGCUGGAGUGACGCCCUCGAGGACUGCGGAUCCAGAAAGAACCCGAGCCGUGAGUCCUGGGUCAGAGACAAAGUGCUGUUUCUUUUGCACCCAGAGAGGUGCUUGGGGACUGAAAAGGGCCCUACUGGGGAGGAGAUGGCCGGCGGGGAGCACGUUUCCCAGAUGGAAGGAGACGAUUGGGAGUCGGAGUGUGGGUCCCCUCUCUGUCCACGAAGACGGCGAAAUUCUGGUACCCGAGCAGAGGCUGCCGCUGGAGCCCCGCCGCGGGACCCCGCAGCCCCACCCAAAUCCGUGCUGGUGCGGGUCGUGGAUUAUCAGGUGACACAAGAAGUGCUGCAGACCGCGUGGACGAACAGUCAAAUGACCACACGGACUGAGGAGCGUUCCAUGACCGCGAUCACUUUUCGGACAAACAGAGAGUGAUGCAGGUUGUGGGGCGCCGGGGACCCCUGGAGAACCCCGGACUCCGGGCCCAGAAGAGAGGCGCUCAGUUUUCGCGCUGCAGAGGGGCAUCGUUUUCGCCGUUUCCAAGGAAUUGAUUCCCCGAGGAUAUUACACCGAAAAUUGGAGCCGCGGGAAGAUUCCUGGCUGCUGAAUGAAAAUGUUCUUCCGGGAAUUCCAACCUGUAAUUAACCAAAAGCAAGACGCUUUAAAGAAACUGGCUCUGUGUUUCUGGGGCAGAUGGCACCCAAUACAAACUGAGGAAUUCUAAGCAACAUAAUACCUCCUUUAUGGCUUAAAUACUGUGAUGGCCUGGGACCUAUGUCAAUCAAAGGAAGAGAAGAAAAGGUAUUUUUCUAAUUGGCAGAAUGUGGGAAUUUUGGAAUUGGAAAACAGUUGUUAAUUCUUAUUUUGCAAUACCUACUGACUGCUUCGCCGCCUCCCCCUUUCUCUUUAAGACCUAAAAGCAAAAAUGAAGUUUGAGAUCUGCUCUCUGCUCAGGGAGUUAGGUGUAAAGGGAGAGGCUUGUUUUAAAAGCUGAAAAAGAAAUGUAGACAAUUAAAAUUAAA